UUGGUAGUCGGUUGGUAAACGCGCAGUGCAGCGGCGCGGCCAGUUGCCUCGCGACCGCCGCGCCCGCCGCCCGUCUGUGUUGCCAUAAUGGCGUACUCGUGGGACAACAGGGUUACGUUUGUGGUUCGAUUUCUUUAUGACAUCGACAACAACGGCUACCUCGACGCCCACGACUUCCAAUGCCUAGCCCUCCGCUCGUGCGUGCUCGAGGGCAAGGGCGACUGCUCUGCCGCCCGGCUACAGAAGUACCAGCACAUCAUGCUCAGCCUGUGGGAGGAGAUCGCCCAGCUGGCGGACUUCGACAAGGUUCCUGACUAUGACGGCACCAUCUCCGUCGACGAGUUCAAACAAGCAGUAAAGAACAGCUGCGUGGGAAAGCGGUACGAGGACUUUCCUCAGGCGAUGAAGGCGUUCAUCGAGUCCAACUUCAGAAUGAUUGACAUCAACGAUGAUGGAGUCAUGGGGGUGGAGGAGUACAGAUAUGACUGCGUGCAGCGGAUGGUGGUGGAGGAUAUUAAGGUCAUCGAUGACGCUUUUGACACGUUAUUAAACGAUGACGACAGGAAGAAGGGCGGCCUUACCUUAGCCAGAUACCAGGAGCUGUUCGCGCAGUUCCUUGGAGACGAGAAGGAAGACUGCCAAGCAAAGCACCUCUUUGGCCCUCUAGAGCUAUAACCACCUUAGCCAUAGACUUACAAGUUUAGCCCUUAGGGCAUUAGCUGUGACUUCUACACCUACACCCAGUUGCACAUUAGUACCUCCCUGGUUUCUGAGGGCCUGCCAUGAACACCGAAGUUCUCAAAUUGCGGGUAUCUUUCUCUGGCACUCUAAUUACGCCUUAAUUAGAGUAAAAGAGAAAGAUGCCCGCAAUUUGCGAACUCGGUUUUCGCGGUUAUAUCCCUGUCACUUGACAUCAAAUUUGGCGAUAGUUUAUAUGUACUCAGAUGGGCAAACUGGGCAAUAAGGAAUAAGAAUUUUAGUUCGUCAUAGAGAUUUCGGGAAUCCACAAUUAUUUCAGUACCUGGCCAGUUCGCCGGCAGACAUGUUUCUAUAUUUACAAAAUACACGCAACGUCGGUAAAUGACGCCAAAAAUACAUCAUCGCCGCGUCGAUACGAUACAGUCAAGCGUAUAUUAAACAAACUGACCAUAAACAAUUAGGACGCAUAAAAAAUAGGUUUACAAUUUGUGGUGCUUACGUCACCAACAUUUUACAAAAAAAAAGACAUUUAUGCGCGAUUUUUUUCAAAAAAUAUUUAAAACAAAUAUAUAUAAAUCUGUAAAUAUAUUUCUUGUGCACUCUUUAUUGAGUUUUAAUUCGUUUACAGUUGAAUUGAUUCAGUUAUGUAACGAAAAAUGAGCAAACAUUUACUGGUGCAAUUUUUUAUCUAUUCAUAUCUGUCUGCUAAAACUUUAAAUUCCUCGAUGGCCAGUUACACUACAUUAUUCUUAGUAUUAUAAAUUUUAGUGUGCGUUUUAGUUUUUUGAUAGUUUUAAAGAUAACUCAGUUCUGAUUAUCCCGUCCCAGCACAUCACAAUGUGAUUUUAUUUUAAGAUUUUAAUAUAAUUGUUGCAGUGAGAUUUAACGUUAAUUUUUGUAAGUUUGUUUUAUUUUGUUUGUGAAUUAUGGACUGUUGGUACCCCCUUGUUUUUACUGUUCCUGUGGUAUCAUUAUAAUUAUAAGAAACGAACGACCAACUGGUUCCUUGUUAUUUUCGUUUAUAUUUAUAUACAAUGGCAGUACCUACUUUAAGGGAUACGUGGGAAUGUACGGGCAAUGUGAAUGAUAUGCUCACUCAUACAAAUGAAUCUAGUCACGAAUAUCAAUACUUAAUAUAAUUUGUAAAUACUUAUUGUUCAAAAUAUUAAUUGAUGUUUCAAAUUAUAAAAUAAAAUUGUCUAAAACCUCUA